AUGCAUGCAUCUUUCCCCAACAAUGUCUCUUCCACCAUCUGCAAGAAAACUAGAAACCCUUCUUUUUGCUUUAACGUCUUGAAAUCUGCUGGCACUACCGACCUCAAAGGGUUGGCCACCUUCACCCUCAACCUCGCCCACAACAAGGUUACUAAAACCCGUGCCCUCGCCCAGUCCUUGGCGUCCAAGGCGGCCGAUUGCAAGCUUAAGGAGGACUACGCCACCUGUGCCAAACACUACGACAAUGCCGCCGCCGACAUCAAGGAUGCGAAGUACAACUUGGAGAAAGGUGACUACAAUGGCGUCAACAUUCAAGCUUCUGGAGCCAUGACGGAGGUUGGCGACUGUCUGGACAACUUCACACAGCCACCAAAGAACCCAUCGGUGCUGUCUAACAACGAGAAGGUUGUAGAAGAUAUGUGUAGUAUUAUCUUGGUUAUAUCCAAUCUUCUUCAAGGGCGUUCCUAAGUCCUUUUUGGUUGUGCCUUUGUACUUAGAAUGCCAUGAAGCGUUCCUAAGUCCUUUUUGGUUGUGCUUUUGUACUUAGAAUGCCAUGAAUCAAUGAAAAGUCUGUUUUG